AUGGUCAGCCCUCACACUGUCCUACUGUACGUAGGGCUACUGCAGGUAAGAGUUAGAUGUUUUGAAUCCGAGUGAGAGUGAGUUACCUAGUGAAAGCGCUCACUUAAAACCUGUUUUUGUCAUCAAUUUUAUAGGUUUAAAUGAUUUAUGAAACAUAGACGUAUCCCUAAUUAACUUAAACAAACUUUAAGACCUGUCUGGCCUUCUACACCUAUGCACCACAUCAAAGACAACAGGUAUAUCAGAACACUCCGGUGCCCCUCGGCUAUCAGCCACCGCCAAAUCCACCGGUAAUCGAUGACUACGGUAACACAAAUCAAUGGAAUACAAGAAAUAAUCAGGGACAAUGGAAUAAUCAGCAGAAUUGGAACGGAAACCAACACUUUAACAAUCAAGGUAAUAAUUGCAAGCAAAAUAUGCAAAAAGGCUAAACGUUACAAAAAAUGAAAAAGUUUUGCAAUCUGAAAUAAAGAUAACAUAAUCACAACUUCAGGAAACGUCCUUCAACGUGUUCACAAGCCAGAACCAGUCAUCAUUAAAACCCUAAUCCAGGUGUUCGCCAACGAACACGAUCCCAACUCAUUGUACUCAGAAGCCCGUCUAGUGACCCAAGUGGAUGGUGAAGAUCGAGUCCAACUCUCCCGCGACCUCGAGACCCAGAAGGGUGUGUUCAUCGGGACAGACGGCCCAAAACAGGCCUCUAAUCCAGGCAAUUUCGUGAGUCUUAACUCCGAACGUGUUGAUUACAUCAGUUUCAGGCUCAUGUGAAAGCGUACGCCGCUACCAACGGCUCCCACAUCACCGACAAGGAUUUGGAGCGAGAAUUGGACAGGGAAUUGGAGACCGCAAUACCUAUUAUUUUGGAUGAACUUGAGCGAAUUGCCAAAAAUAACAACGUUACCGUAAGUUAAGCCAAACGAAAAAACAGUUUUCUUCAGACACCACGUCCCCCUGACGAUAUCAACAGCGAGGACUUGGAGAGGUUGAUCGGAGAUGCUCUCUCGACCAUCAACGAUCCAGAAGAACGCAAGCACGAGCAGUUAGAACUAGAGAAAAUUAAACAUCUAACAUCUACACCUGCUACAACAACUUCCACUGCUACUCCUCAGACCACACAGACUACUACAACACCAUCAACUACUACAACUACACCUACAACUACCACAACAACCACCACCACCACCCCCACCACAACUACCGAAGCAGAAGAAACAGAAGUUCCAGUAGAAGAAGGAACACUUCCUCCGCUGAUCAUCUUCGAACGGACUACAGCAAUCCCAGAAGCCGAGGAAUCUGAAAGAAAAGAAACAGAAGAUGCGAAAGAAGAACCACGCACACUGCCUCCUGGAGUCAGUGUAGACGUGCAAGACCUUCAGCCAGUGACGUCAGCCAAAGAUUCUCAACAAAUUCCAGAAUCCGAGAGCUCGUCACCAGAAACCCUGACUGAAGGACCACUACCAGUGCCAGAUGACAAUCACCUACCAAACGAAGUUGUCACUACACCGUCUAUAACUACAGAAUCCUCUAAAGCAGAAGAAACUCAGAACAAUGACGCCAACACAGACUUCAAUCCGGAACCUGAGAAGGAGACAGAAGCCCCAACAACUACAGAAGCGACUACCACCACUCCCAGUACAACUACAGCACAAGAAGAGCAUCUGGUGCCCGAGAGUGCCCUGAAUGGAGAUGAAGCCAAAGAGCAUCCCCGCACCUGGAAACCGCGGCCGUCCACUGCUACUACAGGCAAGUUGUGAUGACUUUAAUUCGAAUAUUUAUCAGGGAUUCCCACGCAAGCCAUCGUCAUAUCCACCAUCUUAACAACCCCAAGUGCCAUAGAAACUGUAAGUCCCCCCAAUCGACAAUUAUUUAUAUCCAGACGACCGACAACGUUAUCGCCACCAUCCCCGAGGCCAAUGACGAGUGUCCCGUCCCCAACGAUAACACAGAAUCCCUCAAAGGUGACGUCCUCUUCCUUCUGGACGGCUCCAAGACCGUGAGCACGGGUCAGUUCGGGAACGGCCUCAAACUGAUCGCGGACACGGCCAGACAGUUCAAGAACAUUGGCCAGAACGGUGUGCAGAUCUCGUUGAUACAGUACAACGAGGAGCCCUUCCUCGAGUUCUCCUUCAGGAAACACAACUGCAUCACGGACUUGUUGGAGGAAAUCCAGGACACCAAGUACAUGAACGGAGACUCGGACUUGGGAAGAGCGGUGGAGAAGAUAAUGAAAUACGCCUUCACCAAAACCAGGGUAACCAGUUAGGAAGUAGAAAACAGUAGUAGCGUCAUGACAAUCAAAACACAAAAGCAAAAGUUGAAUUAACAUAUUAUUUAUCAAACAUUUUGAUCAAAAAUCCUAAACCUAAAAAAAACUUCGAAAACUGUUGCCAAUAUUGUUUUAGGGGGACCGUUCCGACGCUCCAAACGUUCUCGUCCUGAUCACCGAUGAUCUCGAUCAAGAAAAAAUCAAAUUCCCGGUCGAAUUGGCCCACCAAGAUGAGACCACGAUGUUGGUCGUUGCUACAAUCGAGGGAGAUCCGAAAGACUUCCGUGGCCUAGCUGAAACCUCAGACUUGGCCACCUUUGACCUAAAGAACAGUUUAGCCACGCCUUUGGCUAAACGCUUGGCCAAAAAGAUCGAAGCUGUCCUAAGAGGCGAUCACCACGUAGCCAACGAUGACUUCCAAGUUCUGACGACUACCGCUCCUAAGUACGGUGAUGAUACUACUAGUAAUGAAGACAGUACAGGUGGAGGCACUGGCUCCGUCAAUGGAGCGCAGCAAAGUGAUGAUACAGAAAAUGCUACCGGUAUGUAGACAAAGUAAUGCUUUUGAGCAAUAUAUGAAACUGAUUUUAGAAAGACCACAUCAUCUUCCGUCAACGUACUCUUCUGACAAUGUCCAGAUUCAAUGUCGCGGAGAUGGAGUCACGGUAAGAGACAAUGCCUAAACCCAAGCUUGUUUUAACUUCAAAAAGUAUUAUAAACCUUUAAAACAAUGUAAAACAUCAUCCUAAUAAUGUCACUGAUAUACAUCUAGGCCGUGUUCAAACUGCCCGAAUACUUUUCCGGAUUCAUUGGAGCAAAAGGCUACGAAACCGUGUCAGGGUGUUACAUCGAGAUACCACAGACGCACGAAGGAUCGAAUGUGAUGAGAGAAGUGACUUACAGUAUCAAGACUGGUGAAUGUGGUCAUACCUCCAUAAGCUCGGUAAACACUACACAUAUGCUUGUCUUAUCUUCCUAUUACUUCAAUAUAACAAUAACAAGCUCAAAUCAAUUUAGAAUGUUCCCCGAGGUCGAAACAACUCGGUGGUAAUCAACAUAUACCACCAUAAAGAACUAGUAACAGACCAAGACCAAAGCUACAUCGUACAGUGUUUUAUACCACGAAGACAUGUAGAACAUACGUUGGAGACAAAACUGGAUGUAGACGGGUGAGUAAUUACAUGUUUAGUAUAAUACUUUUAAAUAUUUUGAAAUGAAGAUAAUUUUUAAAUUAAAAAAUAGUCAAGUCUAUGGUACAACAAGAUAACUCUAGAUUAAUGGCAGUAAGUAAGACUAUCGCCUUGGAUGCCGUUCCUCCUACGUGUGAGUAUACUUUGAGAAGAGAUUCUCCUAAUGGCCCUAUCUUACAAUCAGCUAGUAUUGGGCAGAUCAUAUACCACAGAUGGGAAUGCAAAGCUUCUGACGGUAAGAACAUAUUAUUGUAUCCAAAGCUAAACCACUAUAGGCUACUGUUUUGAAUUACUUUUUUAAUAUUUUUUGAUACUUUUAACACUAGUAACGUUUGUUAUACUUAAGAAGUCAGCAGUGCUUACGGUAUCUAUGUGCAUGACUGUAAGGCUUCAAAUGGCACUGAUCGAAGCUACGAAAUCAUUGACAAUCAAGGGUAAGAUAAACUUACAGAGCCGUGUUGAAUGUUCUAAGAUUUCUUGAAGAAUUGACGACAAACUUUAUAUAAUGUCAAUUUAAAUCGAGAGUUUAGCUGUGCCGCUGACAGUUCUCUGUUGGGUGAAGUCGAGUAUGCUGAAGAUCAAAUCCUAGCUCAUGUCAGAGCUCAUGUAUUCACCUUCAUAAACGUGGAAUCGCUUUUGUUCUCUUGUAAGGUCAGCUUAUGUCUGAGAGAUGGAGAUGGCUGCGAAGGUUACUCGGUAAGAUACUUGCAUAUACGUCAUAUUCUGGUAAAUCACACGUCAAAAGGCAACAAUUGAACGUAUUUCAAAUUUAUUUGAAUUGAAUUUACUAUGCCUUACAUAGUAUUACUACAAUACUUUAUAAUACAUAUUGUCCUUUACAGCCCCCAGUAUGUCGCAAAACCAACCCAUCUGAGAUCCUUCUGACCCGACGCACUCGUCAGCUAGAACCUGCUUUGGAAGUGUCAUUGACACGCCAAGUGCAAACCAAUCAGCUAGACAUAAUGGACAUCAGACAUCCUCACAGAACAUACCACUUGUCGCUCGGCCUUUAUGUUCUCGUAUUCUUGGUGGCAAUAAUUACCAUACUUUUUGUAGCUGCCGUCCUGUGGUGUCGUACUGAGCGACAAGCUACAGUAACCCACUCCCAGAUCAAAGUAUUUUCUGUGUUCGAAACCUCAAAACCUUAA